UGCUGUCGUCGAAUCAUGACAAUAGUAUAUGAGUUCAAAAGGGUUAAUUGGCACGUGACAACAAUUAUUCUCUUUACAAUAUGCCCUUUAAUAAAGAGCGAAACAAAUUUAAUAACAUCGUUGGCAGCUGUUGUGUUUCUGGAUCAUUCCUUUCAUGACUGAACUCCUGCAAAUCAAAGCUGUAAGAGUAUUGAGAACAAUCCAGAAAUACAACGGUAUAAAAAGAGACACACAGAAGUGACUCAACGCAGUACAUGAAUUCGCUGUCGAAACGCGAAGUCACUAUUGCUUGUUUUAAAGAAAAGAGAUCCUCGCGGUCACGAAAAGUUUUCCGAAAAUCUUUACUACGGCUUGCAACACGUGCGGAAAGUAAAGUCGUUUGUUCUAUCACCUGUAGUGUAAGGCCAUGAAUGACCGUAACGUCAACACUCGCGAUUGUAUCUUAAUAUAUGGAAUCGCUUACUCUUAAAAACGAAAUCGCAAUUGUAAGAUAUUCACUGUAAAUAGUAUACACAGUUGUAAAAAAUUCAGUUUGAGCAAAUACAUUUUACAGUUAUUAUCAAAGUGAUUUUGUGAACUUGCAUGUGUGUGCGUGUAAUCUUAAUCCCAGCUUAAACUACGGUCUAAACAGAGUAUAUUUAACUUGAGUAAAUAUAGUACCUGUUCUGGAACGGCUAAUUAUCUAAAAAAGUAUUGACUCUUAUUGAAAAUAUACUUUAAAUAAAAAUUGGAGGGCUUAGAAGAUCUAUUAAGAGAAAAGACUCGUAUGAGACAAUCAUCAUGCAUAGGAAAUCGUAUACCGAGAAAGUGAAGAAUAAUCCCAGAGCGGAUGCCAACAUUUUCAGCAUUUUGACGUUUUCUUGGAUUCUACGCACUUUCUGGGUGGGUUAUCGUCGAGAUCUUGAAGUAACUGAUUUGUACACACCGCUUAAAGAGCAUACAAGUGAUAUUCUUGGUGUUAAAAUAGCGAAAGCCUGGGAGAAGGAAUGGAAGGCGUAUCAGUAUCGGCUGGAGCAGAUUGCGAAGAGCGGGUCGCAGAAGAAGGUCAAGGAGCCCAGCCUGAUGAGAGUCCUUAUCAGAUGUUUCGGUUUCAAGACCCUACUGUGCGGAACUUUCAUGGCCGUUAUAGAAACCUUGCUCAGAAUAGUGCAACCGUUAUUGUUGGGUCAGAUGCUGCUCUAUUUUAACACCACAGACAUCGACAAGUACUACGCGUACAAAUGCGCCAUCGGCAUUAUUUUGUGCUCCGCCGUUAACGUAUUCGUAGUCCAUCCUUACAUGAUGGAUAUGACUCAUUUGGGUAUGAAGGUUCGCGUAGCCUGCUGUUCGCUGAUCUACCGCAAGACGUUGAAGCUGACUAGAACCGCGUUGGGCGAAACGACAAUCGGCCAGGCAGUCAAUCUGCUAUCUAACGACGUCAAUAGAUUCGACGUCAGUAUCAUAUUUCUCCAUUAUUUGUGGCUCGGACCUUUGGAGACCAUCAUCAUCACAUACAUUACAUUCCAUUUGAUCGACAUCGGAAUAUCAUCUAUUUUCGGUAUCGCAUUUCUUCUGAUGUUCAUCCCUUUUCAAGUGUGGCUAGGCAAGAAGUCAUCAGAGCUGAGAUUAAGAACUGCUAUCAGGACAGAUGAGAGAGUACGAUUAAUGAACGAGAUUAUUAGUGGAAUCCAAGCCAUCAAGAUGUAUACCUGGGAGAAUUUUUUCAGCUCGCUCAUAGAAAAAGCAAGAAAGAAAGAAGUUAAUGUCAUCCAAUGGGCGUCGUGUGUCAGAGGUAUCGUCAAGUCUUUCAUCGUCUUUAUGACAAGAAUAUCGUUGUUUAUUACGAUAUUGUCUUAUAUUCUGUUUGGCUACAAGAUAACGGCCGAGAAGGUGUACGUGAUAACUGCCUAUUAUAACAGUUUAAGCUUAAUCAUGACUGCCUACUUUCCGCAAGGAAUAACACAAGUAGCGGAAACGAUCGUCUCUAUAAAACGGCUGCAAAAGUUCCUCAUGUAUGACGAACUGACUCUUUCCGAGACUGAAGCAAAGAAGUAUAAUAAGCAGAGCAAUAAGGACACAAAAGAGAAUAACAAGAAUGCGAAGGAGAAUAAUACGAUAAAUUUGAAGGAAAAUUUAAUCGAGCAGAAGAACGAUAGCGCAAUCGUAGACCAGCUGAACAAUGUUGAAUAUAGCAUCUCCAUCAAGAACGGAAAUGCUAAGUGGUUAGAUUAUGAACAAGAAGACACCUUAAUGAAUAUCAACAUGAAGGUGCGUCCCGGUGAACUGAUCGCUGUUGUCGGCCAGGUCGGCGCGGGAAAGAGCAGUCUGUUGAACGUCAUCCUCAAAGAAUUGCGUUUGCAAGAAGGCUCCAUUCAAGUCAACGGCAGGAUUGCCUACGCUAGUCAAGAACCGUGGCUUUUCGCUGAUUCGGUCAGACAAAAUAUUCUAUUCGGAAAAACGAUGGAUCAGAUUCGAUACGAUCGCGUGACUAAAGUGUGUCAGUUAAAGAGAGAUUUCAGCCUGCUGCCUUACGGUGAUAAGACGAUUGUAGGAGAGAGGGGUGUCAGUCUUUCCGGUGGCCAGCGUGCAAGAAUAAACUUGGCGAGAGCCGUUUAUGCCGAUGCCGACAUAUAUCUCAUGGACGAUCCUUUAAGCGCCGUGGACGCCCAUGUGGGCAAGCAUAUAUUUGAAAAAUGCAUCGAUAAAUAUUUACGAGGCAAGACUCGAAUUCUCGUCACUCAUCAGUUGCAAUACCUACGCAACGUCGGUAGAAUUAUCGUUUUGAAGGACGGAGCUAUCCAGGCUGAAGGCACUUACGACGAGCUAAGUUCUAUGGGAGUGGAUUUUGGUCGACUGUUAAAAAAUCGAGUGGAAGCGGAUGAGAAAUCGUCUGUUCUCUCCUCGCCUCCUGUUAGCCGUAAAAAUUCGCUUAUCGCCAGUAUCACGUCGCUGAGUUCCUUAAUGACGAAUAAUACUUCGAAACAGGAUCCUGAUGAGGUGACUGAGAUGCAAACGGUAGGCAAUGUUUCCGGCAAAGUAUUCACUGGUUAUCUCCGUGCUGGUGGCAACUGGUGCAUUAUAUUCAUAGUAGCCAUGCUUAGCAUAGCGACACAAUUAGCGGCUAGCGGCAGCGAUUUCUUUCUUGCGAAUUGGGUUAAUAAAGAAAGACACCAUAUGAAUCAAACGGUAGAUGGCAUUGUUGAAGACGUUCCCCCAAGAAGUUCCCUUACUCGCAUGGAGUACAUCUAUAUCUACAGUGGCCUAAUCGUGCUGACAAUCGGCAUCACCCUUAUCCGCUCAUGGGCUUUCUUGUGGAUGUGCUUGCGGGCCUCAAUGCGCUUGCACGAUCGCAUGUUUCGCAGCAUUAGUCGCGCAACUAUGCGAUUCUUCAAUACCAACACGUCGGGACGUGUACUCAAUCGCUUCUCCAAGGACAUGGGCGCGGUAGACGAGAUGCUGCCCAUCGCGUUUAUUGAUUCUAUCCAGAUCGGUAUGUCGCUGGUAACCGCCAUCAUCGUGAUCGCUAUCGCAAACGUGUGGCUGCUGAUACCUACGGUGAUUGUCAGCAUUGUCUUUUAUUACCUGAGAAUCUUUUAUCUGGCCACUAGUUAUAGCGUUAAGCGUCUCGAAAGCAUCACCCGCUCGCCGAUCUUCGCUCACCUGAGCGCGACUCUUCGGGGACUACCGACGAUCCGUGCGUUUGGAAUGGAAGCGACUCUCACGAAGGAGUUCGAUAAUUAUCAGGAUAUCCAUUCGUCCGCGUGGUACAUCUCCAUCGCAUCCUCCCGCGCCUUUGCCUUCUGGGUGGACGCUUUUUGCAUGCUAUAUAUCACGCUGGUCACGCUGAGCUUCCUCGUGAUGGACAAUGGCUUUAUGUAUGGCGGAUACGUAGGCCUAGCAAUCACGCAGAGUAUCAAUCUUACUGGGAGAUUGCACUGGUGCAUGCGCCAGAGCACCGAGGUGGAGAACCAGAUGGCCUCGGUGGAGCGUAUCCUUGAAUACAACAAAGUGGACAGCGAGCCGCCUCUCGAAAGUGUUCCCGAUAAAAAGCCCAAGUGCGAUUGGCCACAAGAAGGUAAGAUCAAGUUCAAGAACGUGUCCCUGCGCUAUGCGCCUUUAGAGCCGGCAGUGCUCAAGAACCUCAGCUUCGUUAUCUUUCCGCGGGAGAAAAUCGGCAUCGUCGGCAGAACCGGUGCCGGCAAGUCAUCCCUGAUUCAGGCUCUCUUCCGCCUGGCCGAUGUGGAUGGUCUGAUCGAGAUCGAUGAAGUCGAUACAAGCCAGAUAGGCCUGCACGAUCUGCGCUCCAAGAUCAGCAUUAUUCCGCAGGAACCGUUUCUGUUUUCUGGCAGCCUAAGGCGAAACCUCGAUCCGUUCGACUUGUAUGCGGAUGAACUGCUGUGGCGGGCGCUAGAGGAGGUCGAGCUGAAGGAGAUAGGCCUGGAGGCCCAUAUCAAUGAUGGCGGCUCCAAUCUUAGCGUCGGCCAGAGGCAGUUGGUCUGCUUGGCGCGAGCCAUUGUGAAGAAUAAUCCGAUACUUGUGCUAGACGAGGCGACCGCGAAUGUGGACCCGCGAACGGACGAGCUCAUUCAGACGACGAUUAGGAGGAAGUUCGAGAAGUGUACGGUGCUGACGAUCGCUCAUCGACUCAACACCGUCAUGGACAGCGAUCGCAUUCUAGUGAUGGACGCUGGUAACGCGGUGGAAUUCGAUCAUCCCCACGUGCUGCUGCAGAAGGAGUCGGGCUACCUGAAGAGCAUGGUGCAGGAAACCGGCACGGCGAUGGCGGAGGCUCUGGCCGGCGUUGCCCGCAACUGCUACCAGAAUCGUGUUUUGAUGCAUCCACUGUGUUAACUUUUCACAAUUGCAUGGGACAAACAUCAGUGAUAGGCCAUUCCGUCGAUUUUUUACCAGUAGUUCUUAGAUGAAUUUUUGAAAUUUAAAAAAUAAGAGAAAGAGUGCAAUGCAGAUGAAAUUCAGUCCGAGAAUAGAUUAAUCGGUUUGCUACGAGUUCUAUCUAGCUGUUCCUUUGAUUAUAAACGAAUUCUUUGUCGCUUCAACGUAAAGUGCGAUUAUCGCCAAUGUAUUUCAAUUAAGCCGUGUAUACACCUAGCGAACGACUGAUUGAACAGCAAACGCAAAGUUUGUGUUGUUAUUUAUUACAUAAAAGUCGUAAGUUUAAUUGUUAUGUGCAACGGACAUAAAAUCUGAUCGAAUGAAAGUAUUCGGUAGAAUCAAGAAAAAAAAUAAAUUGCUUACAAAUACGAAUGUUCGAACAUUCGCGUUCGGUGUUCGUUUGCUAGGUGUAUACGCAGCUUUAUGCAGCAAGCAAUCAGUAAAGAUCGCGUAGAUUGCAACCCAACUGUAAUUACAGUAUUACUAUGUCAUUUUAGUAUCAGCUCGAAAUAUUUCAUCAGGAAGAAUAAAAUUGAAACUGUUGGGUCACCAGUAUAUCUUAUCGUCAGCGAGCUACCAUAAACAAUAUAAACACUUCUAGGAAGCAAUUUCUUGUAUAUAUUUACCGCCAUGGUGAUAAAA